CAACCACAAUGGCGCCCUCACAGUCCCCCGACCCUAUUACAGAGGACUUCGCCUCUCACCACUCCUCGUCCGACUCAGAGAUCGAGUCCGAGUCUGACUCGGGCGGCGUCACCCUCGACGCCGAACAAAAGCGCGCCCCCAAGAGAAGACGUCUCUCAGAGUCCUCGACCGACUCCUACAUUGCCGCCCCGCUGCCGGCACCCCUGCCCACGCUCUCCCGCAUCAAGCGCAAGGAGGACGUCGCCAAGGAGGUUAAGGAGGCAGCGGACGCGAACCCGGUGCUCAUCAAGGAUGCGCUGGCAGCGGGGCUCGAGGAUGCGCGGUCCUCGUUCACCGACCUGAGCGUGGCGCCGUGGCUGGUGGGCUCGCUGACGACGAUGGCGGUGCGCCGGCCCACGGCCAUCCAGAAGGCGUGUAUCCCCGAGAUCCUGGCGGGCCGGGACUGCAUCGGCGGCAGCCGCACGGGUUCCGGUAAGACGAUCGCGUUCGCGGUGCCGAUGCUGCAGAAGUGGGCGGAGGAUCCGUUUGGGGUGUUUGGGUUGGUGCUUACGCCGACGAGAGAACUGGCCCUCCAAAUCUACGAACAAAUCAAAGCCCUCUCCGCGCCGCAGAGCAUGAAACCCCUCCUGAUCACCGGCGGCACCGACAUGCGUUCGCAGGCGCUGGCCCUCUCGCAACGGCCGCACGUGGUCAUCGCCACGCCCGGCCGGCUGGCAGACCACAUCCACACCUCCGGGGCGGACACCAUCCGGGGCCUGUCGCGGGUGCGCAUGGUCAUCCUGGACGAAGCCGACCGCCUGCUCUCCCCAGGGCAGGGAUCCAUGCUUCCAGACGUGGAGACGUGCCUCAGCGCGGUACCCUCGGCCGCGGAGCGACAGACGCUCCUGUUCACCGCAACGCUGACCCCGGAAGUCCGGGCCCUCCAAUCCAUGUCCUCCUCCUCCUCGUCAACAACACCCGCCAAACCCCCCAUCUUCGUCACCGAAAUCACCUCCGCCAACAAAUCCACCAUCCCGCCGACCCUCCACCAGACCUACCUCCAAGUCCCGCUGACCCACCGCGAAGCUUUCUUACAUGUCCUCCUCAGCACCGACGCCAACGCCACCAAACCCGCCAUCAUCUUCACCAAUACCACUGCCACCGCCGACCUGCUGGAGCGCAUGCUCCGCCGCCUGGGCCACCGCACCACCUCCCUGCACAGCCGGCUGCCGCAGAGCGAGCGCAACGCCAACCUGGCACGGUUCCGGGCGUCGGCCGCGCGCAUCCUCGUCGCCACGGACGUCGCCUCGCGUGGUUUGGAUAUUCCGUCGGUGGAGAUGGUGGUUAACUACGAUGUGCCCCGUAAUCCGGAUGAUUAUGUGCACCGUGUGGGUCGUACGGCGCGUGCGGGCCGCAAGGGUGAGAGUGUUACGUUGGUUGGGCAGAGGGAUGUGGCGCUUGUGCUUGCUAUUGAGGAGAGAGUGGGGCGGAAGAUGGUCGAGUGGGAGGAGGAGGGCGUUAGUAUCGAGACGAGGGUGGUUAGGGAUGGGGUGUUGAAGGUGGUGGGCGAGGCGAAGCGCGAGGCGGCCGGGGAGAUGGAUGAGGGGCGGGAUGUGCUGGGGAGGCGGAGGGUGAAGUUGAAGAAGGUUAGGUAG